CAUAAUAGAGUCCAAGAAACCCCAUUCAAUCCUGUCGUAGGCUUUGCUCAUAUCAAGCUUGGCCGCCGCAAACCCAUGAUUCCCAUUCUUUUGAUUACGGAGCCAGUGCAUACAUUCAUAACCCACUAAGAUAUUAUCAGAGAUCAGCCGACCCGGAACGAAGGCGCUUUGCGUCUCAUCAAACACACAGCCCAGAACCCUUCUAAUCCGAUUAGCCAAAGCCUUGGUAACAAUUUUGUAGAUGGUGUUGCAGAGACUAAUAGGGCGGAAGUCACUCACUUUCUUCGGGCCCUUCACCUUUGCAGAUUAAAUUAGCUUGUUUCCUUUCCAAAUCUAAACCGGCAUUAGUGGCGUCACCGUGACGCAACGGAGUUCCUUCACGAUAAACCCUUGCCUUCCUUCGUCUUACAAAGUAUUAAUCCCAUUGGUAAAGAGUGUAUUUUCCCUUAAACCCUAAAUUUGAUCAUGCCUCCUAAGGAAGAAAUCUGUAAGUAUUUUCAGCGUGGCAGCUGUCGGUAUGGCACCCGUUGUAAGUUUCUUCACCGCACGCCACAACAAAGUCAGACCAACCCUUUCGGAUUUGGUGCUCAAACUAGUGGUACUCCAACUCAGCACCCAAAUCCGCAACAGCCGAUACGAAACCCUUUUGGUUUUGGUAAUCAGAACAAUUCUCAUUCAAGAGGGGGUGAUGGCUUUGGAUCCAAACCAAGUCAAGUCAAGCCAUUUGAGAAUAAGUGGAGUCGUUUUUCCAACAUAAAUAAUAGUAGUGCCCCUGCUUCAAGGCAACCUAAUAAUCAGCCUCCAGCGGCUAAUCAUACGUGCACUGAUCCCGAGUCCUGCAAACGGGUGAUACUGGAAGAUCUUGAAAAUGAGAAGCCCCUAUGGAAACUUACCUGUUAUGGUCACAGAAAAGACGGUCCCUGUGACGUUGUCGGUGACGUCAGCUACGAUGAGUUGCGUGCAUUAGCAUAUGAUGAUGCCAAACAUGGAAAAAGCUUAGUGUCCAUUGUUGAGAGAGAGAGGAAUAUGCUUAAUUCCAAGUUAAUUGAGUUUCAGAACCUUGUACAAAAACCUUACACGGUUUCCUCAGCUCCUACUCCAAGCUCUCAGAAUUUGUUUGGUGGAGGCAGUACAAAUGCUCCAGCAGUCAACAAUGGUUUUUCUCCUCAGGUCUCAAGCUUUAGUCAAUUGAGUGGAUCACUAAACACAAGGCCUGCUGCUGCACCCAGUUUUAGCUUUGGUCAAUCAAACGUGUUCCAGAACAAUAGUCAGCCAUCUGGCUUUCAGACAAACAAUUCACCUUUCAACACUUCAGGCACUUUUCCUAGCCAACCUCAACAUUCUAUUCAAAGCUUCUCUUCCUUUGGUACAACAAGCUCCAACAAUGGUGCAAUAAGUGCUCAGCGGAAUCCAUUUUCAACUCCGGUCAGCUUAUCACAGACAGGAAAUGGGGACUAUAAACAGUUAAAUUUGUUCACCAAUGAUCCAAAUUCAGCUUUCAGUGCCAUUGGACAGACCACCACUAGCACCCAGUUGAUCAACAACAUCGCUAAUGUGGAUGGUAGCAUUUGGUCAAAAGCUGAAUGGACUGUCGGCGAGGUAUUAUGCUUUGUAUGCUGGUUGAACCCAUCUAAGGUUUCCUUGCUCUGGAAAGGAUCUUUACUAACAUUUUUAGGGUUGACUAUGGUACGAGAUAUUUGUUGUGGAUAUGAAAAAUAAGAUUGAGUUGGGGUUUGGCAAGUGGCUGUUUACAAUCAUGGUGAACCAGCUAAUGGAUAUAGCUGCACCGGUUAUGAACCCCAUCCUAGAAUUUGGGAGUAAGGUCUCCGUACAGAUAGAUAGUUAAAACAUACAAUUGAGUAUUUGAAGCAUUAGGUGAUCAAACAUGUUUGAUCCAUCAAAAUAAAUGGUAGAUUAGCCUAUAUUGUCUUUAUCUAUCUAAAAGCUCUAAUUUAUAUCUGCAUUUGGAUUUCUAGAUCCCAGAAGAAGAGCCUCCAUCGAUUUACAUUCAGUAGAACUGAUUGAGCGGAGCUUCAUGUCAGAUGUAAACUACAAAAUGGCCUCAGGUAGUUGAUACAAAGUUUCUGCGAGUCGGAUGAUUUGCAUGUGAGGAAAUGUACACCACGAGAAUCCAUCAAAAGCAUAAGUUUUCUGAAAGCAUAUAAAUGCUACUUCAUGUAUAGGAAUCUGGCAUGUCUUGAUGUAUACUGAAUUUGUGAUCAUUUGGAUAUGAACCUGAGAAAUAGGGUUCUUGUAUUAUCGCAUUUUAUCUUUCAUCUCAUAAUAGCAACCGUAUAUUACUCUC